UCAAGAGCAUUUCCAGUGAAUAACAUAUGCAAGUACUCGGAAACAGAAAUGAUGUAAAGCUUUUUAGUGCAUACCAUCAUCAAGAUAGAAGACUUUGCUAUAGACAACAUGGAAAUGAGUCAAGCAUCACUUCAUACAAGGGAGUAGAUGUAUAACAGGGGUAAGGUGUAGAAGCUAUGAAUCUUCAAGUACUCAAGAACCCUUCUGGAAGAGCAUUACAUACUUACCUGAAACAUCAUUUCAGGCCACUGUAUACAUCAAAUAUUGAUAAAGCAGUGCAUGUUUGUUGUAAGUCUGGUCCAGACUCUUUAGUCUGUCAUUCUGUUAAAAAAUCUGCUGUUCUGUCAUCCAUUUGUGGAUGUAGUGAUAACUUGAAAGGGCAGCAUUACAGUACAACCAAUGGGAUGGGACCACACAGUGAACCUGACGAGGUGGAUCCCAUACUCAAAACUGCGACCAUCUCUGACACAAAACUGUCAAAUUUCACAGAGAUUGUUCCAGGGAAGGGCCCUCCACCAGAACCUCCCGUCGACUGCUGCAUGAGUGGCUGUGCUAACUGUGUGUGGAUCACAUAUGCAGAGGAACUAAAGAAUUAUUACUGUGAUGGAAAAGAAAGGGCACUGCAUGAGAUUGAACAAAUUGACAACCCAUCCCUGAAAGCUUUUAUCAAAUUAGAACUAAGUCUUUUAUGACAAACCUUUUAAUGAUAUAGAUUUUAAAGUCUACACAGAACAUGGAGAAUGUGACUGAACACUGGGUGUGAGAUCUUCUCUGAACAAAGUACAUAAUUAGUGGUAUUUGCAACAAUUUCAAUUAUCUGUGAUAAACAUUAUUAAGAAAAGAUGAUAAUAACAUCUAAACUGGACUACUUAAAGAUGAUAGCACCUUUAUGUCACAGUGACUUGCCUGAGGUCAGAGGUCAGACAAAUUUUCAUUCGAUUUAACCUUUUAAAGGUUGAAUGAUGGCAUUCUGAGGACCCCUGUGCCACCCUGAUAAAGUGUACAAUGUUGUUUCCUUUCAUCCAGAAAAGAUACAUGAUAUAUCUUAAUAAAACAUGAAUUAUAUAUGUCUGCACUGCCAAAGGACAACCUGCAGGUCAAUGUAAUUAUCUCACUUUCACCUUCAGCUGGAAGUCAAAAAAUAAGUUGAAGCGAAUUAAAAGACAGUUGUGACAGUCAGUGUAAGCAAAUCUCUUGCUUUAUCUGUAAUGAGCAAGUUUGACCUUUUAGCAUUAUGAAUACAUAUUACCUAGAUACAAAACCAUUUUGUGAUGGCAUGCAUGCAUUAUGUGUUUUAUUUAAUUUAUCUUGUUUGACUUUUAUUUAAAUGAAUUUAAAACAAUAUUGUUGUGUUUAAUGUUUAGUCACUGAUAUAAUGUUUUAAUAAGGCUGUUACCUAGUGUAAAGUUCAUAGUUUAAAGUUAAUGGCAUUUUUUCAGUAUUUUCAGUUUUAAAAGAUAUAAUUUUUUAAUGUAAAGAUUUCAUUUUAAGUCUGGGGAUGUGAUCAUAUUCCUAAAUAAAAGAUUAAAAGAUUUAGGACUACUUCCUAAUGUCAAACUUCAUGCCAGGGAGUCGUGUUGUGUGUUGCAUCUUAAAUGUGACAACAAACAAUUUUUAAAUUCAUUUCUUUGUGAUAUUGUAAUAGAAGUUCUUGUAAGAAAACCAGAAGAAGAGGUGAAGAAAAUGUUCCAAAAUAACCUCUGUGUCCCAUUUCUAAUCUAUGUAUAUGGUUCAUUCUGAGUGUUGAUACUACAUCUUUUUCAAAUAAGGGAACAGGAACACUCUGAUCCCAGAAAGCUAUGAGAAAUAAGUGUCUAUGACGAUUGUGAUGGACAUGAUCACUUCCUCUUUUAAAAUUCAUAGAAGAAGGACAACUCUUAGUAGACGAUAACAGAGUUAUCUCCAAUGGAAUAUUCUUGUGAUCACUUUACCUUUGUUUGUUUACUGUUAUCAAAAUUCAAUAAAAAUGACAAACUUA